GCAACGGCAAAUUUCCAACACAUGAAAAUAUAUGAUGCAGCCCACAAUGACGGCGUUGCGGUAAAAAUGACACUGUACUAAAAAGUACAAAUCUGGAAACUAGCGCAACGGCAAAGCGGUAGACGUCAAAAUAUUGUUAUUGUUUAUAAACGUAUACGUUUCGGGUUUCGAAUUUAAAGCUAGAAAAAUGGAGAAUAUUCAGGAAGAUGAUAUUCUUACGUUUCAUUUUAUUUCCGUAAUUAAAAAGCAUCCAGUACUGUAUGUUAAAAGCAGUAAAGCAUACAGGAAUGUUUUUAUUAAAGACAACGUUUGGUUGAAUGUGGCGAACGAAGUGAAAUUACCAACCGACGAAGUGAAAAGUAAGUGGAAGCACUUACGGGAUCGGUUUAUGAAGGAACUUCGUAGAGUUGAGGAAACAACUGCAUCCGGUGCCGGCACUGCUACAGUGUACGAACCGACGUGGAGGUUCUAUGAAGAAUUGUCGUUUCUGGCUGAGCACUGUAAGCGUCGAAGCACCACAAGCAACUACAAACCAUCUGUAACACAACAACAAGAUGCUUUGACCAGCCCUCAAGGGGAUGGGCAGGAUUCAUUUAUCGUUGAGGAGCAAGAAUAUGAGGACUUAGAGAUAUUGGAAGAUGUUGAGAAUGAAAAUUCCACACCAAUGUCGUCAACAUCGGUGUCCGAACCGAAUAAAAGAAAGCGGAAGGAAUUGGCACUGGACAACAAGAUGCACAAGAUCAUGGAUAUAGUUGGUGAUGUUGCGUCGUCGAUCCAGAGUGAACAAACAAACCGGCACAAGGACUUCUGUUGCUAUCUAGGACGUCGCAUGUCCAUGCUUCCAAAGAAAGUUGCGAGGGACCUCGAAGUCGAGUUCACUGCUCGUGUGAAUGGGUUAAUUGAUAUUUACUGUGACGAAUAA